GCCAGCUGGCUUAAAAAGCAAAACCCAAUUGCCAUAGGUAAAGUUAUUUUCAAGUUAAUGGUUUACCGGCUAUAAAUGGCUGCCAAAACCACCGAGAAGGAGAAGGGCGAGGGCCCGGAACCUGCCACCCCGCUGGAAAAGCCCGAUCCAGCCGAAUCCAGUGCGGCAGUCGACGAAAAUGCCAAGGAACCGGCGGCGGAGAACACAACGCCGGCUAAAAAGGAUGGAGGACGCAAAAGGAAGCGGCAUUUGUUCAACUCGAUUCGCGGCCAAAUGGAGUUUUAUUUCGGAGACGCCAACUUGAGUAAGGAUCGCUUUCUGCGGCGCUACGUGGAGCAGGAUCCAUACGUACCCCUGGAGAUUUUCCUUACGUUCAACAAGAUCAAGACGCUCACCCAGGAUGUGCAACAGAUAGCCAAGGCGCUGAGCAACUCCCAACUCCUGGAGCUGGAUGAAACCAAGCUGAAGGUUAGGCGGAAGACCAAGCUUCCGGAUCAGCGCGAUGUCAACGACAAAACCUUGUACGUAGAGGCUCUUCCCGCAAGUGCUAGCCACGAUUGGCUCAAAGAGGUGUUCAGCCGAUACGGACCGGUGGCCUAUGUCUCGUUGCCGCACUAUCCAGGCACCAAAAAGAUCAAGGAGUUCGCCUUUAUCGAAUUCGAAAAGACCGGCUCCGUGGAAAAGGCCGUGAAGGCUUUUGCCCAAAUUCAGGGCGUUUUGUCCGUGGAAACAGAUCCGGGCGAACUGGCCAGCGUGCGCUCUUUCCAGCAACAACAGCAGCUGCAACAUAAACUCGAGCAGCCGCCAGCCGAAAAUGAACCGGUUGAGCCUCCGCCGAAGCGAAAUCUAAAGAGAGAGGCUGUGGACAAGGAUUUCGAGGAAGGGCACGAGUUGAAACGGGCGAAGCUGGAGGAAGACCAGCCCAGCGAGACCUCCACAGCGGAGGGAACUUCCAGCGAAACGGAAGCGGAGGCUAUAGCAGAAGCCUCCGGUCAGGAGGAAAACACGGAGCUACCUGAAGGCGAAGUGGCUGCCAAGAAGCGGCGUCGCAAACGCAAGAAGAAGGCGAUCGUGGACAAGCCGAACAUUGAACCCAGUGCCCUAGAGCUCAAGGUGCUGCCCAAGACCAGUUGGAGCAGUUUGCGCAACAAGUAUUUGAAUCUGCAGCGUCGCCUUGUCAGCGAGGCCAAGAGCAAGCUGUGGCGGGAGAACCACCCACAAAAUCAGCAGCACCAUCAUCACCAACAGCACCAACAAAACCAUCCCAAACCUUCACAGCCGCCCGAGGUUACCAAGGAGGAGGAAACCGGAGGCGAGGUCCUAAGCGAUGGCGGCGAAGCUGCAGGGGAUGCAGUUCCAGUGCCGGCCAAGCGACGCAAGGCGGUGCACAAGAUGAACAUGAAUUUCUACGGCGCCGGCGGCGUGGAAUCCACUAAAUCCGAAGAGCCCUCGCAGGAGCGUACGCCCCUAUUCAAGUACGAGCCCGGACUGAUUGUGGAGUGCUCUCUCCUAGAACCGUGCACCAAUGUCAAAGAAUUUAAGGCUGACAUGCGCCAAUAUCCUGAUAUUAAAUAUGUGGAUAUCAAGGAAGGGGAUCAGGUGGCCCAACUACGCUUGGCCUCUCCUACUGCCGCCGAGGAGCUGGUGCGCCAGGUUAACUGUGCCGAGAGGCAGCUGAAGGUGCUAUCUGGCCAGCAGGAGACGCUGUAUUGGCGAAAAAUCGAGCAGGAUCGCGAAGCGAAGCUCUCGAAAAAGGUGCGCGUGCAGCAGAAGCGCGGUCGCGAGAAGGUUUCCAAACUGCUGGCCAAGCAUAUAAAGUUUGACGAUGGCGAUGACGAAGUACAGGCGGCUGCCAUGGAUUGAACCGAUUUUCGGCUGGUGAGGGUCUAGCUAUAAGGUCACAAGCUAUAUGAAAAUAAACAAGCGGGA